UAUUAUCCCUUAUUACAAGAUACGCUUCCGCGCUGGCCGCACGUACAAUAGUCGUCUGUCGACCUCUUUUGUGGAGCGGAGUGCGAAGUUUCAGUUUGUUUACGAAAAGCCAGAGCGAUGCAUAGUGCGUUAGUUAGCGCGAUUGUGUCAUCGACCGAGCGCCGGUUAUCGCUAAAUUGCGAGUGAAUCACGGACAAUGUUCGUUGCGGAGUUUUCGAAAAAAACUUCUUGUGUAUUUGUGAACUUUUGAGAUCGAAUCUCUUCGCUGCCAAACUUAAAGUGACUGUGUACCCGAGUGUCAAAGUGAACUUUUGUUAAAUAUAACAACUUUUAUAUUUGAUAAACGAAGAAAUAAAUAAAAAGUUUUGUAAAAUCUAAAAUACGUCUUACAAUUAACUGAUUGACUUACAAUUAGGGAAUCAAAAAGAACUAAAACCCUAGUGCGUCGUGACAAGAACGCGCACAGCAUUUAUGUAUACAAAACAAACCGCAAUCUGUCCACGCUUCUUCCGUAGAAAAAGGCGUUGUGAGAGACAAAGAUGGCAAUAGCAUUCAACUUGCCAAGUGAGAGAGAGGCGGCAGAGGAGAACUUUUCACGGUUGAACCGGCUCCUAGCCGAGCUGUACGAGGUUCUAUGCCACAUCUUGGUAUCACGACAUCCUGGCCAAGAGGUGCAGGACAAUCGCCGAGACCGGCCGUACUCCGAGUCAGACAUCGUACGACCAUCAGCAGCCCCGCCCCCGAGCCGCUUAUCAGCUUCGUCUCCCCCCCUAACACUUCCCUUGGACAUGGACCUUGAUGACGACGUAUUCGUGAGCCCACGAACAGAUAAUGGCAACGACCGAUUUUCAACCACCAACCUGGAGAUCUUCAGAUAUGGGAGUCCAAGAACUCCAGCAGGGGUCUUGCUUAGUCCUCGAAGGGAGUCCUCGUUUAACUUUUCAGUGACUAGCGAGAAGCAUUGGAGGGAUAAGGGAGGAACAGAUGUGGCUGAUGGCGUUCAUGAUACGGAUGAGACCGACGCAGCAUCUCCAGAGUGCCCAAACGAGAAACGUUCGUCCGAGAGUUCAAUUCUCUCAUCCAUCAUGCCUGACAGCAUAUCUGGCUCCAUCUGUACCGCUGUCCUCUUCAUGCUGGGAUGGAAACUCCUCUCGAACAAACGGUGAAGAGUGAAUACGAAAUAAUGAAUUGAUAUACAUCGGAAAGUAUAAAAGCUCAUUGGACCAUAUGUCAUUUAGUAUAUUUUCUUAAAUCUAAAUCCAUGGUUAUUAGAUUAAUUUGUCUAACUAAUUGACUAAUUUGUCCAUACCUGCAUAUAAUUUGUGUAAUCAUAUGUUGAAAUCAAAGCAUAAAAUGUGCGUAUUUGAUAGAUUUUGAUCAAUUGGUCAAUUGUCAUUUUCGUUCGCCAUUGAUUUCGCAUAACCAAUAUCAAAGUAAUUGAAUGUCCUUUGAGGUUUUAUAUUUUCUUUUGUAUUCUGUGAAGACGCCGUAUUAAAAUUGGAAGCAAACUUGGUUUCAUAGUUUUAAAUCGAUUUUUGUAUAAAAUUCCACGGUUUUUAAACUGUGGCCUGAUAGAUUUUGAUAUACACGUCAAUAUAUCGGGUAUGUCAUUUGAAUAUUUGUGCCCUCUUGUAUUAAGGCCUAUAAUCGUCAUUCGUAUUUUAUUCCUAAAUAUUGGUAACUGUAAAAUUAUUCUUGUAUAUAAAAUAGCGCUGUAUAAAUUGUUAAUAUUUCAGAAAUAUACAUUUUCGCGUUAGUUAUAACCUAUAUAAUUCGUAUUUAACGAAAAUUUUAUACUGUUACGAAUUUUUUCUUCAGAAAACAUGUUUAAUGGAAUUUAUAAAUUAUAGUUAUAUUUAAAAGGAAUUUAAUAGAAGAAUAUAAUAUUGUAAUCGCACUUGUAUGUACUUCUGUUUGUCUCUAUACUCUAGUCCCUAAGGCUUUAACACACGAUUUUCAUUAAUACUAUGAGAGUUAUGGUAUUAAAGAACUUUUUUAGUAUUGUAUUGUAGUAUAUAUUUUAUUACUUAUAUUGAAAGCAUUCGUGCUACAACCUUUGGUCUGCGCUUGAAGUUUGUACAUAAAAUAAAAUAAAUCAAUGGCGCCACAAUAUUUUCAAGUUAUUCUGAUCAUUUGUUAAUCUAAUAGGCAAGUAGGUGAUCAGCCUCCUGUAACUGACACACGCAGUCGCCAUUUUGGGUCUAAGGCAUGUCGAUUUUUUUACGAUGUUUUCCUUCCCCGAACGAGCUAAUGUUACAUGCGCUAAUGAAAAGACAAGACCACUGGUACACAACCGGAGUUCAAACCUACGAUCUCAGGGAAGACAGUAGCCCGCUCAAGCCUCUAGGCCAAUACUGAUCAAUAACAAUGUCGCACUUUAAAAACAGAGAAUUUGUGCAUCUCAUACUUUAUUCUUCAUUCAUUGAAUAACGUUACAACAAAAUAUUUUAUAAUUAAAAUCAAUUUAGAACGUAUGUCCUACGAAGUGUAUGUAUAUUAUUAAUUAUAAAUAAUUUUAUAUCGACUUGAAAGGGCUAGUAUAAAAUCCAAAAGGAGUACCUAUAACUACGAUUAGAAAAUUUAGGUCAAGCUUACUGAUAAAAAAUAAUCUGCAUAUAGCAGAUAGCAUAGCAUAAUAAAGCAGAUUCUAGUUAGAAGUCUCCAAUUAUAUUCCUUCUAAAUAAUUAAUGUAAAACGCACAAAAACGUAACAAUAUUAGAACUUUUGCGAUUAUUCGGCUUUCGGUGUUGUCAAUUUAAAGCAAUAAAAUCUAGACGAAUUUAUCCAUGUUUUAUUAUUAGGUAAUAAUAUUAAAAUCUGGGACUAUAUAUUUCACAAAUUCCAAAGAAACAGCCUAAAAUUAUCAUCGAUUGAUCUCAUUAUUGUUGUAAUGAAAAUGAUUAAUUUAGUUUAGAUAAACGGUUCGUGCCAAGAACUCCGAAAAUAUUUAAUCAAUAGAAUAUUAAGAUAAUAUAAAAAUAUAAUUUAUCGCAUUAAUACAAAAUUAUAAAGAAUCUAUACGAUUCGUUACCGUACAGAUGCUUUUAUUGUUUUAAUCUAAUUUAUAAAUUAUUCACUCGUAUAGGUUAAUUAAUAAGUAUAUAACGAAUAGUGGCUUCAAUCUUCGUAUUUUUAUUCAAUUGUUUUUUGUAUGAAAACGUAGCUAAAGAUAUUCCAUUUUUGAAAUUCCAUUUUGGGAUCAAUAAUAUUUCGGGAACAAAAUUUUAGUUUAAGCAUAGUAAUUUUAUUUAGUGUAUUUUUGCUUUAAGAAAGACAAAACAAUGAAGGAUGUGUUCAAUUGUGAUAUGUUAUUUAAGGUGAAAGGUUAAUUAAAAAAGUUUUCAUAAUGAUCUCUUGAAAACUCUUAUUUGCUAACACUUCGCUUCAAAGCGUCCAAAAAAAUCGCAUAAUCAUAACUCCUUACAUUAAAUACAUUGUUUUCUGGCUAAACAGAUUUAAAACAACAAACCCAACUUAAAGUGUGGAAACUACUACAUUUUGGAUUAAAGAUCGUAAAAACUAAAAAUCAUAUUUAAAAGACAAUGAUUGUUUUGGAUGCAUUUGAGUGAAGUUCAAAUAAAAAUCAAUGCAGUAAGAGUUUUGUAUAUAAAUUAAAAUUGGUAUGCUUUUGCUGUUUAAGAAUUGUAGCGAAAAAUUUCUAAAUUUCCGUACUAAUGCUUUGUGUUUUUGAAGAAUGAGUAAAUAAAUAGUUUUGGAAUCUUUUAAUAGGACCAUAGAGAAUGAGAACUAUAAAAAGGGUUUUUAAGGAUUAAGAUAUUUUUCAUUGAAUGUUGUCUUAUUCAUUCUUCAAAACAGUGCUUGCGCCUGUGUAAUUACUUGUAUAAUAUUAUAAGCAAUAUAAUUGUAAUUAGAUUUUAAGAUAAGCUUCGCUGAUUUAUACAAAGUACUUACGUCCUUUUGAUUUAUAGAAAGAGAGAUUUCAAAUUUAGAUUGUGAACUAAAAAUCAAAUUAAUUUCUCAAAGCACGUAACAACUCAGUAUUAUUUUAUAUUGAGUAUUUCGUUAAAUAGGACCUUUAUUUUACACGCGAUUUCUAUAUUUAAAAUACCAAUCGUAACUACUACAAGUCGCAAUAUGCAGAGUGCUUUGACAGGCUUUUAAAUAAAGGACCCGAAGGUAUUACGAGCGUGAACAAAUAUGAAGAACGAAAAAUUUUGACAAACCUUUUCUUUUCAUUGCGUAUUAAAAGAUCGACGUCGAAAAUAAAGGACCUAUAAAGCUAUUUAAUGGCAUAGACCUUUAUAUAACUAGUUUAAAAAUGUGUGAUUUUAUUCUUUAGUAUAAUUGCAGGCCUGUAUAUUUUAAAAUAAUUAAUUUUAGUUAAGUUUUAUUUCGUAAUCGCCUUUUACCAAUAAGUUGUAUGCCAGAUAUUUGUAAUUUUAUAU